AAUUAAGAAAAAUGUGACGUCACGUGUUACUAGGCAGCUUCACCGAGUUCGCGCAUGCGUGGUGUAUGUGUACGGAAGCGAUGCUGAAGCACGUUUUUCUGACAGGACCUCCAGGUGUGGGUAAAACCACCCUGGUCCAGAAAGCCUGUGAAGCUUUGUUGUCUUCAGGAGUGGGAGUUGAAGGGUUUUACACAGAGGAGGUCAGGGAGGGGGGCAGGAGAGUGGGCUUUGAUGUCGUCACGUUGACAGGCGAGAGAGGCCACCUGUCCAGAAUCGGAGGAGGCGCUGCUGGAUCUCACAGCAAACACACAGUGGGACAGUAUGUGGUUGACCUGCCAUCAUUUGAACAUGUGGCUCUCCCCCUCUUCACAAAGCUCAGGUCAGCAGGUAGCAGCAGCAUGAAGGUGUUUGUCAUUGAUGAGAUUGGAAAGAUGGAGCUUUUCAGUCAGUCAUUUAUCAGAGCCGUGAGACAGACUUUGGACAGUCCCUAUGUUGUUCUGGGCACCAUACCCGUUCCCAAAGGGAGACCUCUCGGUUUGGUCGAAGAGGUUCGGAGCAGGAGAGACGUCAAAGUUGUUCAUGUGUCAAAGGAGAACAGAGAUGCUCUUCUACAAGACAUUUUAACAACUCUGCAGGAGUGUUUAAAACGUGCAGCCUAGUCUGCAUGUUUGGAGCUGUCAAAGAAAAAGUGUUUUUGUCAGAUGAGUUUCGGUGCGUUCACUCGUAUACACCUCACUAACACCAGAGUUUGUGACCUGCACCACACCGAGAAGAGCAGCAUCAUGAGCUGUUAGUGUGUCACAUGCAUGUAUUUAUGUAUACAUUUCUCCUUUUCUCUACUCAUGCUUCCUUAAGUUGGAAUGCAUGCUGAAUAAUUGAUUGUGAGACAGGAGACGAAGGCAAGUGUAAAUACCUCCACAUUCUGCUCGGUCUGCAGAACCGCCCCAGAUCUGUGCCACAUGCUGAAGAGGAGCUUUCAGUCCUCCUUUAUUACUCUAAAACUUGAUGUGAACAUGCAUGCAAUAUUUUUUUAUAGAGGACGGCACAAAGCUGAGGCCCAGCGAUGGCUUCCGGUUCUUUGCAGCUGCUGUGUCUCGUCCACUUGAAGACUUUGUUCAUCGCAAAGCGAUCAAUGUUUGAUGUUGCAACUCUGUGUUAUUGUAUUUUGUGUUUGCUGUCCCCAGUUCUAAAAAAAAGGAAAUGAAGAGUUUGCUUCAAAA